AUGACCGACCUGCCCACCAUCCUGCCUCAGUUUUCUACAAGACCAUAUACACAUCUCAUACCAUCGCUCGAGCGACAUGGAAUCACAGUCACGGAUCUUCUAUCGCUUGAUGCAUUGGAAAUUGCAAAGCGUGCUACGCUCCCAAUACUUGACCUCCGCAGGCUAGCACAGGACAUUGCCCAGGCAAUACAGUAUGAUUUGAAUAUAGGUGUAACGGCACACAAUACUAGCGAUGAGCUCUUUACGUCCAGCAGAAAUUCUGGCUUGGAGAAGUGCAACCGACCUGCCAAAGAUGUCUUAAAGAGCUGGAAUACAGUUAGCUUUUUGGAUACCGCACUCGAUGAAGCCAUGGGUGGUGGCAUACCGACAGGAUAUAUCACCGAGAUUACAGGCGAGAGUGCUGCUGGCAAGACACAAUUCCUGCUCACCCUCCUCUUAUCUGUCCAGUUACCAGCUCCUUCAGGCCUUUCACGAAACUCGAUUUAUAUCUCCACUGAGGCACCGCUUUGCACGACUCGACUAGCACAAUUACUCGAAUCUCAUCCUCGUCUGGCACAAUUACCUGCGACCGAGAAGCCUUCCCUCUCCCAAGUCCUCGCAAUACCGGUACAGGAUCUGGAAAGUCAAGAUCAUAUUCUAGCCUUUCAGCUUCCUCAUGCUAUUCGCAAGUACGAUGUGGGUCUUGUCGUCUUAGAUUCGGUAGCUGCCAACUACAGAGCAGAGCAUGGUUCAUCCGUGCCCAGAGAUCUCGCCAACAGGGCUGCACAGCUAGCUAAGCUGGGAAAGUCCCUACGCGACUUGGCAAAAGAGGAGAAUAUCGCGGUUGUGGUUGCCAACCAGGUUAGUGACCGGUUCGAUGAGCUGCAUGCCACAGUCCGGCAGGAUCGUCAUUCUUCCUCCAGCCCGAUUAUUUCGUCUUCACCAGCACCUCCAAGCACACAAGGGGUGCCACCUUCAUUGGCCGGACACGCAGAGGACAGUGCCCGUGAAACGUCAUUACAUCUUGAUUUCCAGCAACGUUUCUUCACUGGUUGGGGAGACGAGACAUGUGGAAGCUCGUCUGAAGGACUUAAGACUCCCGCUUUAGGUCUUGGAUGGACGAAUCAGAUCGCCUGCAGAGUUGCGCUAAAAUUGGAAGCUGGGAAAGCUAUACCAUGUAAUGAUAAGGGCGCUAUGGUCAGCUAUCAAGGAGGAAAUAUCUGGAAGGACAGAAAGAAGCGGAGAUUUCUGCGUCUUGUCUUUGCUCCAUGGACACCCGCCACAGCAGAUCCUAUUGAAUAUGAGAUCAGGCCAGAAGGAAUAACAGCAUGCAAAGUGGGAGACAACCCUACAUGA